AUGUCUUGUACUCAUCCACAGAAAGAUGGCCGCGGUUGCAGAACGGUUGAACCGACUCCAUCUGCCCUUGAAGAAAACAAGCGUGGGCCCCAAUACGAAUCCCGGAGCAGCUCGAGCUUAAGUGAGGGUAACUCCGACAACGACAUGUCGCCUGCUCCACUGAACUUGAUACACAAGCAACUUGCCAGCGGUAUAGUCUUUGAAUCUAAUCGGAAGCUUCGGGAGCAACUCCACCCCGAUAUUCAAAGCUCCAGUGAGAGUGACAGUGAGCGGGUUUCAACGACAGCAUCCAAGUCCACUGCAAAGCUUGAACCCUCUGCUGAUACUGGGAAGGCUUUCCAAAACUUGACGGACCUAAGUAAGUCCACAAUAUUCUCAUCCAAGUACCGUGAGACGAAUGGCAGGGGUGUUAAAGGGAAUCGGCCUCGAUCCAAUGCCUUUUCCGAGAGCAAAGGCAAGAACAUGAAGAAUUACACCACUAAUUCUACCUCACCUCCCGUGAAGACUACGAAUCGCUUGGAGAUCGAGAAACAAAAGUCUCCUGGGAGAUUACUCGAAGGCUCUCAUGGACAUACAGUCAGGUCCAUUGACCAGAGCAAUGCCACGCCCACGAAGAGCAGCACCACUGUCUCUUCAUCCAAGCCCAAGGAUACCCAGAAUCUCCCAAAGAGCUAUGAAAUAUCCGAGCCGAUCCCCUACAGCAAGAACAAGUCCAAAGAGGAUAGCACCAAUGCAACUCUCUCCAAAGACUUGAAAGCCAUGAGCAUCUCGGCGACAUCAGUAGCUCCACCAGCAGCUUGUACUGGUGUACCAAACACUGCAGGCGAAAGUGCCGACCAAGUCCAGGCACAAGGUUUGAAGUCACCCGUUGAACCAUGCGCAGCAGUCAAAGGCAAAGCCAAGGUCCAUUGGAAGACUCACUCCAAUACUGAUAGCUCUGCAGUCGCACCUCCCACCAAUUAUUCCCGGCCUCUUUCUCUCAGCCCUCAGCCACAGAAUAAAGUUGAGGUAAACCCGCUUCUGUCGAGGAGUUCUACCACCCCUCCUCCCUCUCCGAAUCCUGAGACCCAAACCAAGGAAGACAGCCAGCCCCAGACUCAACAACAGCCACAUAACAGCACAUGGUUAUUUACAGCCAAGAAUUUCCUCACCACACCACCAAAAGCCGUAUCUGACUGGUUGUUUGGCUCCUCGUCAACACCAUCCAAGCCCAAGGACUCUCCAGAUACCAAGGAAACUACUACCUCAGCCUCCAUAAAGACUAACACUUCCAAGUCUAAUCACGGGUUGGAGACAAUUUUGGAGGAGACCGAGCCUCUUCAGAAAGACUGGAUUGUGGUCGGUACUAGUGAGAAGGGCAUGGCGGAGAAUCUCAUGGUAAGCUUGAAGGAGGAGGAGAAAAAGUGA